GCCUCUCUCGAAACUGGAAUGUGGUGUUAUUUACAACCCUUGCAAGCGAGGAACUGUUGUCAUUUUGCAUUGUCACCCUCGCACACCUGAACACUUCCAUGGAUGGGCUGGUCCGUGCAAGGAGGCUUACAUGAGCGGGACGGACUCGAGGGACAAAGAGCCACCACGAGGUUCUCAUUUGAAUGAACUCGACAGGUCGGGUGGAUUUGUCACAAGAAUGGCGCUCGUGAAGGACAACUUUAAGCCUCUUUGCAGAUGAUAACUAAACCUCAGCGAAACGGCCUUUACCAGAUCUGAGAAAUCGAUCAAUGGAGGCACCCGACGAGUCAAAGGGGAAGACGACUGAGGAGGAACACACAGCCACGAGAGCCGGCGAUCCCCCACCGGAGGAGUGUCCCGUCUGCUAUGAAUCGUACAAAUCGACCUCGAAGAGAACGCUAAGCUGCGGACACGAAUUCUGCCACGACUGCCUGGUGAAAACACUGGUGAGCAGCAGCCAGGAUGGGGCGGUCACCCGAAAAAACAUCAUCUGUCCCAUCUGCAGACAUCUCACCUACAUCAACAAGAAAAAGCCACUAGCCUUGCCCAACGUGAGCUCGGUGAAGCAGACGUUGGAGGUGCCCGUGUCGCCCACUCCGUUGGGGUCCUCGCAGUCCUCAGGUUUCACCUGGGAUUCCCAGGAUCAGCUCCAGGGGGUGAACGCAGUCAGGCCCUCCAGGAGCACUCGUCUGCUGCGCUUCUUCAGACGCAGUCCGGGGCUCCCGAGGACUCCAAGCACCCAUCCCCAAAUCUUCACCAUCAGCAGCCAAGGGAGACCAAUGACGGAGGAGGACUCGGUCAGCAUCGUCCUGGCGCCACUUCAUCGCACCCACAGGAUCAGCUGCUGCAGGUUGAAGGUGCUCUUUGUAUGUCUGCUGCUGAUCAUCGUUGGAGCCACCAUCUCCACCAUCCUGCCCUGGGUCCUGAUCAAAUAAAUUAAGGGGGAAAACAGGAGUUCGCUAACCAUGCAAAUGUGAAUUCACUUCUUAAUGAUGAUUAAUAUUGUCGUAUAAUCCGAACAUUCAUGUCUUCACUGAGCCUUAAAUGCUGUCUGAAUCUUGAAACCUGCCCUUGAUAUAAAAUGAAUGCACCGUGGAAGGUAAUUUCAUUAUGGCCGUUACUGUCACCUGCGAGUAAACUUGCAAUCAGUAAUCAACGUGUAUUUCAUGUGAACACCGUUUUCGUACUAUUGGAUUUUUAUUAUUUGAAGAGUGACAGAUGCAAAAAUGAUAAAUUCACUCGGAAUAAACUGAAAGCAUGGAAUCUGUUGGUGGCAAAUGUGGACAAAUCUCAGUGUCCUCUGGAACCAAGCUGCACAAAUAAAUAAACCAAAAUAAAAAGGAUCAAGUCUGGGCAGAUAUAGUCGAUAUGUGAACGAGAGGGGAACUUUAAUUAAAAAAAAAAGAAAAUUACAAAAAGUUAUAAACUGGCGAACUGCCGCGACAAAAUCUACGAGACUUCUGUCUGAAGUGUCAGUGUUAAUGGCGUGCCAGGCGGGACACGUCGAUCGUCGCGUGUUACAUUGGGAUUGUCUGCGGUUUAACGCAGCGUUUUACAUUUUUACCUCCGACUCCGAAAUUGUUUCUUUUUUCUUUUUUUUUAAACAAAUAUAUCACUUACGUUUGAUAGCUCUCCCAUUCAUGUAAUCUAAAAACAUACAAGACGCACUUUAUUGUAAAGUACAAAGGUGUUUUUAUUUUGUUCUGCAAUACAAAGGUAUUUUUAUUUUAAUCAAA